AUGGGCACAGAAGUGGAAGAAGUCAGCAUUGCGCCUUCUCAUGAUGAAACGAUAAUUUUAGACGCUACAGAUGAUAGUAUUAUCGUUGAAAAGGUGGUGUUCUUCAAAAAUCGACCUAAACUAACCGAAUACGCGAAGAAGUGUGUGUUACUACAUUGUUUACUUCGAUGGAAGGAUACUAGAUUCGUUGAUAAGUUUGACGCAACUGUGUUAAAACAUGCGGUAUGUUUUAAUAUCUUUAGUGUUAUUGAUAAUGUUUAAAAUCAUAUAUAUUGGUUUAAACGUGAGAGGACGUAUUUUAGGUAAUAUCCAAAGAGUUCUCUGGCAUUUUCUACAAAUUAUUGAGCUGUUCACAUUUGGAGUUUUGUGCAAAUUGGAAUCCUAUCAAAAUCUUUGUUUCUUACAAGUUUAUGAUCGUUAUGGACUCACGAACCUUGUUGAUAUUACACUUGCUGAUAAAGUUUCGCGUAGCGUCGAUUGAACUUUGGAAACAGUUCCGGAACAAAUUGAAGAAUGGCAUUGCCACGAUGACAGAGUGUUUUCUAAGUAUGGGUUUAAUUUUACGUUGUAUUUUUAACUUUAGGUAACAAAAGUGGAAAAUUCACAUUUUUAAUUUUAGUUAUGUAUAAUGUUAGUUUGGCCAAUUAUUACGUGAUAUUACUUGCUUAGUUAAUUUUGUUACAAUUUUAGUGUUACGAAAGCCGAAAGCCGCUUUGAGUCACAUCAGUUAUGACGUUUUUAAGCAACUUUUGUUGGGAAGAGUGUUGAAGUGCAACAAUUCGUUUGUGAUGGUCGAGUGUUGUGCACAUCAUGUCAAAGACUUCCCUUAUUACACUACAGUAAAGAUGUUAAGGCUAGAUCCAUGUCAAAAUGAUAACGUAUCAUAUAAAAUUAAUUUUCCCGUUCAGAAGUUGAGAGUGAAUUACACGGUGGAUCGAAAUUUGCUUCAGUAUAUUCUACCACAGUAAGUUGUUUCAGAUAUUGAUUUUUUGAUAAAAAUAGAGAAAAUUAAUCUUUUUAAGGCUAAAAAACUUAAUUAAAGCUGGAUUGUCCAUCUAGUUUUGAGUAUUCGUAUGUUAACAUUAUAAUAUUUAGAGGAAAUGUGAAAGACAAUUUAGAAGAGCUGGUAGUAAUGCUGGACAUUAAUGGCACAACAGAGAACUUGAAACACAAUUACUUUAAAGGAUUGUUGCAAUAUUACCGUUACUUUAGUUCUUUGAAGCAUGUUAUUGCCAAAAUACGUUUAAAUCUACAUUCAUAUGAUUGCUUGGUAAGUUCUGGAUCAUCUACUUUUACUGAUACGGUAAUUAUUAUUAUAUUUAAGGGAUAUUAAAUAUUUUUUAGUUAAUUUACAGUAUAAACUUUUAGUCCAAGUUCAAUGCCAAUGCAACGUCUUCGUUGGUAUCUGAAAUGAUCAAGUACUGGCAGAAGGUACCAGUUAGACUGACACUAGAAGUGAGUCACGUUAUGUCGGACAGGACAGUAGAUGAAGUUACAGUAGUUAAAGAGUUGCGAAGAGUAUUAUUUGGUCAAUAUACAGUAGUUACCACGGAAAACGGCGAGGAAUGCGAAGCACGCGGGCGAGUUUUCCACUUAUUAUUAAAGUUUGUUCAUUAG